AUGGGAUUCGGCGAUCUGUCUGUUGCUGAAGAGAUGGAGGCGGUCUGGGACACAAGACGAGCCGGCCGAAGGUGGGAGGUGUGCGAGCAACCUCCCGCCCACGUCACGUGCAAGGCCGACGAUGCAACGCUCUGCGUCACCUGCGACUGAGAAAUCCACUCUUCUAACCCCUCAGCCGCUGACAUGAGAGUUCUGGUGGCUCCAUUCUACGACUCGCUGAACUCGAACGACUCAACCGCCGUCAAAUCUGAGGCUGCGGUCAACUUCCUCGAUGACCGCUACUUGUCCGACGUAGACGUAGACGGAGAGACGACUGAGGUCAGCAGAGAGGAAGCUGAGGCUGCAUCGUGGCUGCUCCCAGAUCCUACGGAUCUGAACUUGGGGCAGUACGUGUUCUCCGACAUGGAUCUGGAUUACGGGGCAGUGGAUCCAAAAGCUCCAGAUCAGGAGGAGCAGAACAGUAGCGGUACUGACGGAGUGGUCCCUGUGCAAAGCAAGACUGUCCAGCGUCAAAGCUUUGAAAUGGAGUUGCCAACUUCCAAGCCUUUCAUCUACGGCUACCAUGGCUCUCUUUGUCAUGUAUCAUCAUCCUCUAUGGAUGUUAGCGUCGUGCCAAAUGGCAACAUGCUGACAGAGUUGUUAGAUCCCUACCCCAAGUCGAUCGGCGAUCAGUUAACGCAUCCGGCGGCUCAGAUUUCAUCGGCGGAACGGGAAGCUAGGGUGUUGAGGUAUAGAGAGAAGAGAAAGAAUCGAAAGUUCGAAAAGACGAUUCGUUAAUAAGAUUAUUAGGAGGCAAUAAUAUGAUUAUUGGGGAGCAACAAUAUGAUUAUAAAUUGAUCAAUUGUGCCUGUAGUGUAUUCAUUUUGGUUUUGGGAGUUUAUACAAUUCAUUGGACGACAA